UAUUAGUUGUAAACGAGAUCGAUUGCCGAGCAGUUCGCCAGCUUUUCCGAAUAACAAUUCAAGUUUUAUAUUCUUUUUUUUUUUUAAUUUUUAAGUUGUGUUUAUUUGUUGUUGUUUUUAAUAGUGCAUCAGUAUCAGUUUAAUUGGGUGAACUCGAGAUGAAUACGUGGGCACUGGUGGCAUUCGCCCUCUGGGCACUGUUCCUGCGCUACCUGCCGCAAAUUCUCAAUUUUCUGAGGCUGCAAAGCUUCUCGAAAACCCUGCCCGGACCGAGUGUCGGCGAGCUGAUAGCCAAUGUGAAGAAGGGCGAGAUCCUGAACUGGCUGAAGGAGCUGCGUGAGCGACAUGGGCCUGUGUUUCGUAUUUGGUUCGGCAAGGAUCUGAUGGUGAUGUUCAGCGACCCGGAGGAUGUCAGACAGCUGCUGGGCAACAAUGCCCUGCUGUAUAAGUCGCGCAACUACGCACUCCUCGAGCCCUGGCUGGGCAAGGGCCUGCUCACGAAUGGCGGCGAGUCGUGGCAUCGUCGCCGCAAGCUGCUCACACCCGGCUUCCACUUUCGCAUACUCAGCGAGUUCAAGGAGCCGAUGGAGGAGAACUGCCGGAUACUGGUGGACCGGCUGAAGGAGCGUGCCAAUGGGGAGGCCUUCGACAUUUAUCCGUACAUCACGCUCUUCGCCCUGGACGCCAUCUGUGAGACGGCCAUGGGGAUCAAGAAGCAUGCCCAGCUGCAGAGCGACUCCGAGUAUGUGAAGGCUGUUCAGACCAUCUGCCGAGUGAUGCACAAGCAGAGCUUUUCCUUCUGGCAGCGCCUCAACAUAUUUUUCAAGUACACCCAGAUGGGGCAGGAGAGGGAUGGCGCCCUGCAUGUGCUGCAUGACGAGACCAAUCGUGUAAUUCGGCUGCGGCGGGAGCAGCUGGUCAAGGAACGCCAGCAGCAGCAGGACAGCAGCGAUCAGCAGCAGGGGAACGAGGAGCGGAACGAUGUGGGCAGCAAGAGGCGUUUGGCCUUCCUCGAUAUGCUGCUGCUCACCCAGCUGGAGGGCGGCGCCGAGCUGAGCGAUCGCGACAUACGCGAGGAGGUGGACACGUUCAUGUUCGAGGGCCACGACACCACCAGCUCGGCCAUUGCCUUCGCCCUGAGUCUUCUGUCCAAGCACUCGGAGGUGCAGCAGCGUGCCUACGAGGAGGCCCAUGAUCUGGAGGGUCGCGAAAAGGAAUCCAUGCCGUACCUGGAGGCGAUCAUCAAGGAGACACUGCGGCUGUAUCCCUCAGUUCCGUUCUUCUCGCGCAAAGUGCUCGAGGACAUGCAGGUGGGCAAGCACACCGUGCCAAAGGGGGCAUCGGUCAACUGCCUGAUCUACAUGCUGCAUCGCGAUCCCAGUAACUUUCCGGAUCCAGAGCGCUUCGAUCCCGAUCGCUUCUACCUAAACGAGAAGCAGAUGCAUCCGUUUGCAUUUGCCGCCUUCAGUGCGGGUCCCCGAAACUGCAUAGGUCAAAAGUUUGCCAUGCUGGAGCUCAAGUGCUCGCUGUCCAGCCUCCUGCGCAGCUAUCAGUUUCUGCCCGACGAGGAUCACCAGCCCAUACCCCUGGCCGAGCUGGUAAUGAAGAGUGGCAACGGCAUCAGGCUGCGCAUACAGCCGCGAAGCCGCAACUGAAUCAUCUGGAUCAUCGCGCCCCAUUGAUCCCCAGCUCGUACUUGUUCUUGUGUAUGCUUAAAUAUAGUCUAAAAUAAAACGAAAAUCUAUAG